CGCUGGGUUUUUACGCUCUUCCUAGCCCUCCUUGGCCUUUUGAAGACAUCUCGGCCAUGUUGAGGAUCCCCAAGGUUGGACCUUCGGCCCCUGGUCGGGGGCCUCCCUCGCUUCUUCAACCACAGCAGCAGAAGAAAGUCCUGCCUGUACUCAGCUCUGCAGACCUGGUGACCUCUGACCUCGGCAGCCCUCAGAUGCGGGCUCUCCCGGCUACCUACUUCACUCAGGUGUACCCCCAGACUGCUGUGGUCGCCCCGCUGCCUCGGGGCAGCUGCCUUUACGCCACCCCCCACGGACCUGAGGUCAAAACCUUGCGAUCUGCCUCUACGGGAAAACUGCCGGCCAAAAGGAAGCUAGAUCUAGAAGGAACAGGGCAGCAGGGCAUCCCAGAAUUUCGGACGCCAAAGGGCAAGGGAAGGACACUCCCCCACAUCCCUAGUCCCAAAACUCCCAAGUCACCCGGAGAGAAGACCCGCUAUGACACGUCUCUCGGCCUGCUGACCAAGAAGUUCAUUCACCUGCUCAGCGAGUCCGAGGAUGGGGUGCUGGACCUGAACCGGGCCGCUGAGGUGCUGGACGUCCAGAAGCGCCGCAUCUAUGACAUCACCAACGUCCUGGAGGGGAUCCAGCUCAUCCGCAAGAAAUCCAAGAACAACAUCCAGUGGAUGGGCACGGGGAUUUUUGAGGACUCCUCUGUGACGACGAAGCAGCAGACGCUGCGGCAGGACCUGGCGGACUUCUCCAGGACCGAGAGGGUGUUGGACAAACUCAUUCAUGAAUGCACGCUUCAGUUGAAGCACCUGACGGACGACGAAACGAACCAGAGGCUAGCCUACGUCACAUAUCAGGAUAUCCGUGCCAUCAGCAACUUCAACGAACAGACGGUGAUUGUGGUCAGAGCCCCGCCGGAAACUCGGCUGGAGGUGCCAGACGUAUGCGAGGAGAAUGUCCAGCUCCACCUGAAAAGCAGCAACGGCCCCAUCGAGGUGUACCUGUGCCCUGAAGAAAUUCUGGAGGAGAGCCCAGCCAAGGAGGGCACCUUCCCUGCUUCUGCGCAUCCGGAGAGCAGCAACCCACCGACAGUGAAAGCCGAGUCUGUGAAGACGGAACUGCCCAGCUGCCUGAUGGAGGGGGAAGAUGGCUUCCUGGAGCUGCCCCACCACCUCUUGCAGCAGACGGAGGACCAGCUCCCUUCCACAUCCUACAGCGACGCGGGGCCCUUCAUCAGCUUCUCCCCUCCCCUCGACCAAGAGGACUACCUGUGGGGCCUGGAGGAGGGCGAGGGCGUGAGCGACUUAUUUGAGGCCUACGAUUUGGGUGACCUGCUAAAGAAUUGA